AUGUCCCGAACAAAGAAUGAUGAACUAAAGUUUUCUAUUCGAAAUUUGAUUGAUACAACAUCAUGUAAUAAAAAAGAAAAACGAAUAUCGAAUCAAUCAUCUACUAUUUGUCAUUCAUCAAAACGAUUAGUUAUUGAAACUCAAACACCAUUAAUAUGUCGUCCAAUUCCAAUAAUUAAUGAUAAAAUUCCUCAUCCAUGUUGGUCAUUUUUAUCACAAUUAACAAAUAAAAAUUCUUCUGGAAAUUUACCAUUACAUUCGUCAUUAAUUUUUCUUAGUAAAAUGAGUCAAGUUUGGGAACAUAUGCAACGAACACAAAUUUCACCAUCAAUAACAACAGAAAAUGAUAAUGUUUCUGAUGAUGAUACAGAUAUGGAUACAUCAUCUAUACGUCAUGAUAUUGAAAUCGAAGAUGAUGAUGAUGAGGAUGAGGAUGAUGAUGAUGAUGAGGAGGAGGAGGAGGAUGUAGGUGAAUGUUCAAGUAGUAGUGGUGUUGAUAAAUUAAAUCCUUCAUCAAACAGUGAAGAAAAUGAUAAACUAAAAAAUUAUCCUUGCACACAAUGUGGAAAAAUCUUUACUGCUCAAUAUAAUUUAGUUCGACAUAUGCCAGUACAUACUGGUAUUCGUCCAUUUAUUUGCAAAGUAUGUGGAAAAGGUUUUCGACAAGCAUCAACAUUAUGUCGUCAUAAAAUAAUUCAUACAUCUGAAAAACCACAUGCAUGUCGUAUAUGUGGAAAAGCAUUUAAUCGUUCAUCAACAUUAAAUACACAUAUGCGUAUACAUCAAAAUUUUAAACCAUGGAUUUGUGAAUAUUGUGGAAAAGGUUUUCAUCAAAAAGGAAAUUGGAAAAAUCACAAAUUAACACAUUCAACUAUAAAACAAUAUAAAUGUUCUAUAUGUUCAAAAGCUUUUCAUCAAAUAUAUAAUUUAAAAUUUCAUAUGUAUACACAUUCAGAAGUAAAACCAUAUGCAUGUAUGAUAUGUUCAAAAGGUUUUUGUCGAAAUUUUGAUUUAAAAAAACAUGUGCGUAAUGUACAUGUAAGUAACACAAAUACUGGCAGGAACAAAUAAGACUAAAACUUUUUUUUUUUUCCUUUUUUUUUUGUAUGUGUGUUUAAUAAAUAAAUCUAUUUUUUGCGUGUAUAUUUCACUUUAUGAACAUGCAAUGAAUAAGAAAAUUUCAUAGUUCAAGAGAGAGAGAGAGAGAGGAAACUGAAACGAUAAUUAGGAAAGGUGGAAUUGGGAUCAUACAUUUUACUGUAGUUAUUUUUGUCUUCCUGUAAUUGUUAAGUCUGUUAAAGGAAGCCCGCCGGCAACAAGUAUAUCCGUUUUACUUUGUAGAAAGGUACUUUUUAACGGAAAAAGAUAACAGGAUAUGUGCUUGAUAUGAUAUUCUAUUUUUUACUUUGGAAAUAUUCAAUAUAAAAAUAUGAAACUCAGUGAUGAACAAGUUAAUUAUCUCAAAUCAUUGACUUGAAUUUUUGUUUUUUAAAAUGUAUUAGACAAAGAAAAGAAUAGAAUUUCAUUCAAGAAUAAUUUUACAUGAUGCAAUUGAUUUGACUUAUGUUUUUUUUUGUUUUUUUGUCAAAGUAAGUACGAAACAUUUACAUAUUUCAUCAAAAACUAAUUAUUUUAUUCCGAAUGAUCAAUUUAUUCUAUUUCUUUCUUUUUUUUUUAUAAAAAGAUUAUUUAUCGGAGAAAUAAGACAUAGUUAGAAAAAAAAAAAGAAACUUGUUAACCACUUGUCGCUUCGUUCGGGAUCCCUGCAGUGUGUACGAGACGAUGAUCAUCACCAUCAUCAUCAUUUUUUUUUCUUUGCUCUUGUGUUUAACUGUUGUCGGCCAAGAGCACUCAUAAUCGACAAGAAAAAAAAAAAAGAAAUCAGUUCCAUAUUGUAAAUUCAUUCGGCAUUCUUUUCUUUCUAUUUUCAACAUUAUUUUAAUAGGAUCUUUUUCUUUGCCUCAUCACCACUUGACAAACACUCAAAAAAUCGAGGACAUCUCGAUGUAUAUAUGCUUGAUCAUUAGUCAAAACGACGACGUAAAUUGGAUCUCUUGUGAGAUUUAGUUUUUUUUUUCAUUGACAUCGUCUUAUAUUUGAUUGGUCGAUUAAAUAGAUAAAAAAAACCGUCGUUUAAACUCAAUUAGUUCUGUUAGUGGAUUUACUGAAACUGAAAUUUAGAAGUCAAUUUUAAUUUGCUUGUUAUUAAGAAUGAAUUAGUACUGACCCGCCCAGAAUUGAUCUCGGAUCAGAGGUAUAUUCAAAUCGCAUGAAAUUUUCAGUCCUAUACAUUGACAUUUUUCGGAGAUAUUCAACAAACAAGGGUUGGUUAGCAAUUCAAAAGUCUCUAUGAACCUUCAUUCUAUACACUUUUGUUUGAUAGAGCAUGUCAGGAUGCAGAAUAUGACAGAGAUCUGUUUUUUUUAAAUUCUUAAUUUUUAAGGGAAGGAAAGUUUUGCUCUAAUUAUUACACUAUUCUUCUGUAUAAUGGUAAUAACCUACAAUCAAGCUUCUUCUAGAAUUCUUGAAUGUACGAUCAAAAAAAAAACCAUAAAUAGAGAAAAAGAUUUGUUGUUUUGCCUGAAAACAACAUAUGCUUCAAGAAGAUGAUAACAGAAAUUAUCAAAACUUUUCGCUAAAAAAAGGGGAAUGUCGAAUAAAAGAUCAGAUCUUAGGCUAUCCUUCCAUGUAGUUCUGACGGAAAUUGACUUUUGUUUUUCAAGAGGCUUAACAUAAUGUUGAUUUCCUCAGCAUGAAUUUUGCAGAAAAAAAAG